UGCCUACACAACCUACUGAUUUUCAAUUUGGAUUGUGCCGCGUGAGCCGUGAUUUCACACUUUCCGAAUCAUCAAACUGGUAACCUUCUAUACAACCAAGCAAUGUCGACACGCAUACCCUCAAAGCCACGGAGUGAGCUCCGUCCUGACCAGCAGGAGAUGCACGAUCACUUCAUGGAGAUAGUAGGCCAAAGCUCACAUCCAGGCGCGGCAGAACGUGCAGGCAGGGUGUUCCUACCAUUCCUAGUACUUGCUCCGCAGAUUGGCAGGCUUUCGGUAGACAUGUUGCAAGCCGUCGAGGGUCUACCGAGUCUUCCAGCAGAUGCUAGAGAGACUGCAAGCUUGGCAUGCACGACGUUCUUCCGCUGUGAUUUCGCGACCUACGCCCAUUCGGCGAUGCCUGUCAAGCUUGGCCUACUCACUCAAAGCCAAGCUGACGCUAUUGCUUCGGGUCAGAAACCAGAUGACUUGAAUAAAGGUUGUAGUCUGGCAUACGAUGUGACUCGCCAACUUCUUGAGGUCCGCGGAGCUUUGCCACAGGAUCUUUGGGACGCUUGUGUGAGGCAGUUUGGUCAGGAAGGUGCGUAGUAAAACAUCAUGCGCCUUAAUUGCAUGAGCGAAGCAUCGCUAACAAAUGAGCUUUC